AUGUUGUUUUCUGGCGGCCCUUGUCAAGGAAAGGAAGAACGGGCCAGCGCCGCGCAUUCCAGACCGUUUGCGCAACCUAACGGUGGCAGCGGCGGUGCCUCCGCGGCGUCGUCGGGCACUAACUUACUCUUUUCUUCCUCGGCCACGGAAUUCAGCUUCAACGUGCCCUUCAUCCCAGUCACUCAAGCCGCCGCUGCCCCGGCCUCCCUGCUCUUGCCCGGAGAGGAUUCUACAGAUGUUGGUGAGGAGGACAGCUUCCUUGGCCAGACUUCUAUUCACACAUCUACUCCACAGACAUUUAGUUACUUCUCUCAGGUAUCAAGCAGUAGUGAUCCUUUUGGGAAUAUUGGACAGUCACCAUUAACAACUGCAGCCACACCGGUCGGACAGUCAGCAUUCUCCAAGCCCCCGACUGCUCUCCCUUAUACAGCUGGAUCCCAAGAAGUGGUAAAUGCUUUUUCUCCAUCCGUUUCGAAGGCUCAGUAUGGUGCUCCACCUUCCUCACAGAUGGGACUGAAUUCUUACCUGCCUUCUCAGCCGAGUAGUAGUCUCCCUCCUUCGAAUUUUGGAAGCCCACCUCAAGGAACUCCCCAACAAGGAUACAAUCCGUAUCGCCAUAACCCUGUCAGUAGCAGGGCUAAUCCUUACAUUGCACCGCCACAGCUGCAGCAGUGCCAAACACCAAGCCUUCCCACUCAUCUUCCACCCUCUGGGCCCUCUGGACCCCCCGUACAGAUGUACCAGAUGCCUCCAGGAUCCUUGCCACCGAUUCCUCCUUCAGCACAGUCACCAACACAACAGCAGGUACUUGCUAGAUCUGCAGGUCCCUCUAUGCAGGUACCACCUCCUUUUCUACUUCAGAAUCAGUAUGAACCUGUUCAGCCCCACUGGUUUUACUGCAAAGAGGUCGAAUACAAACAGCUAUGGAUGCCUUUCAGUGUGUUCGACUCUUUGAAUCUUGAAGAAAUCUAUAACUCAGUCCAGCCGGACCCCGAGAGUGUGGUUCUAGCUACAGAUGGAGGGCGCUACGAUGUGUACCUCUAUGACCGAAUGAGGAAAGCUGUGUACUGGGAAGAGGAGCCCGCUGAAGUGAGACGCUGCACCUGGUUUUAUAAGGGAGACACAGACAGCAGGUUUAUUCCCUAUACGGAGGAAUUCAGUGAGAAACUAGAGGCCGAGUAUAAAAAAGCUGUAACAACAAAUCAGUGGCAUCGCAGAUUAGAGUUUCCAAGUGGAGAGACAAUUGUCAUGCAUAAUCCAAAGGUUAUUGUUCAGUUCCAGCCUUCCUCUGUGCCAGAUGAAUGGGGAACCACACAGGAUGGACAAACAAGACCCAGGGUUGUAAAGCGUGGAAUUGAUGAUAGCCUUGAUGAAAUCCCAGAUGGAGAAAUGCCUCAGGUUGACCACUUGGUGUUUAUGGUACAUGGCAUCGGGCCCGUGUGUGACUUGCGCUUUAGAAGCAUUAUUGAAUGUGUGGAUGAUUUUAGGGUGGUUUCUCUCAAAUUGCUGCAGACACAUUUCAAGACGUCUUUGGAUGAUAGGAAAAUAAGCAGAGUGGAAUUCCUUCCAGUUCACUGGCACAGUUCCUUGGGUGGGGAUGCCACAGGUGUCGAUAGGAAUAUUAAGAAAAUCACUUUACCAAGUAUUGGUCGGUUUCGUCACUUUACCAAUGAAACCUUGCUGGAUAUUUUAUUUUAUAAUAGCCCCACCUACUGUCAGACAAUUGUGGAAAAAGUGGGAAUGGAAAUAAACCGUCUGCAUGCACUCUUUAUGAGCCGAAACCCAGACUUCAAAGGAGGGGUCUCUGUUGCUGGUCACAGUUUAGGUUCCUUAAUAUUGUUUGACAUCCUUUCUAAUCAAAAAGAUUUGAAGUUAUCAAAGACUCCAGGGCCUCUUGCUGUUGCUAAUGGAGUUAUGAAGCAGCCACAUUUUCAGGAAAAGCAGGUGCCCGAAGAGCCAAAGCCGCCUUUGGAUGAGUCAUGUGACCUUGAUGUUGAAAAUGAAGAAGUUCUAACUUUGCAAGAAACCUUGGAAGCAUUUAGUCUCUCUGAAUAUGUUAGCACUUUUGAAAAGGAAAAAAUCGAUAUGGAAUCUCUGCUUAUGUGUACAGUCGAUGACCUGAAGGAAAUGGGAAUACCCCUUGGACCCAGGAAGAAGAUAGCUAACUUUGUGAAACAUAAAGCAGCCAAACUGGAACAGAAAAAAAUAGCUUCAGAAAAGAAAGCAGCAAUGGCUACUUCAACAAAAGGACAAGAAGAAAGUGCUCAGAAAACUAAAGAAGUGGCUUCUCUCCCCUCAGACGCUAAUGAGUCAAAGAGGAAACUUCCAGUUGGUGCUUAUGUUUCUUCUGUGCGUGUUGAUUAUGAGUCUUUUGAAGUGGGCACAGGACAGGUUUCUGUAGUUUACAACUCAUUAGACUUUGAACCAGAGAUUUUCUUUGCCUUGGGAUCUCCAAUUGGUAUGUUUCUCACUAUUCGAGGAGUGGAUAGGAUAGAUGAGAACUAUAAGCUUCCUACCUGUAAAGGAUUCUUCAAUAUUUAUCAUCCGCUUGAUCCAGUGGCAUAUAGAUUAGAACCUAUGAUUGUUCCAGAUUUAGACUUAAAAGCAGUUCUCAUUCCACAUCACAAAGGCAGAAAAAGACUUCAUUUAGAGUUGAAAGAAAGUCUCUCUCGUAUGGGAUCUGAUUUGAAGCAGGGCUUUAUUAGCUCUCUGAAAAGUGCUUGGCAGACAUUGAACGAGUUUGCCCGUGCUCAUACUUCUUCAACUCAGUUGCAAGAAGAAUUGGAGAAGGUAGCCAAUCAAAUCAAAGAAGAAGAAGAAAAGCAAGUAGUUGAAGCAGAAAAGAUUGUUGAAAGUCCAGAUUUUUCCAAGGAUGAGGACUUCUUAGGGAAGGUUGGAAUGUUAAACGGAGGCCGCAGAAUUGACUACGUUCUUCAAGAAAAGCCAAUAGAGAGUUUCAAUGAAUAUCUUUUUGCUCUUCAGAGUCACUUAUGCUAUUGGGAAUCUGAAGAUACUGCUCUGUUAUUACUUAAAGAAAUUUAUCGAACAAUGAACAUUAGUCCAGAACAACCCCAGCAUUGAUCAGAUUUCAUUUUUACUGUACUUUGUCUGCAAAAAUGUUCCAGUAUAAAUUGCGCAUCACUGAGAAAAUCUUCAGAGGACGUUCCCUGAUUGCUCCUGUGGUGGAUGACAGAACAGUGAUUCAUCAACUGUUGCUCUGAUAGAAUUCUCAGCUGUAGGGAUUCAUUUAAAAGGAAAUACACAGAACAAAAAGACAGUGAAACAAAUCAUUAUCAUAUUUUGAUAUUAUAGAUUAGGAAAUGUAAUUAUAAAAUGAUGCAAUGAAAAAUUUUUAGAUCAGUUUAAUUGUAUAGUUAUUGUAGUUAUAUGUGAUAUCAAUGAAGAAAUAUUUGUAGCAUGCAAAUGGUUAUUUCUAUUUCUUAAAAGACUAUUGUCAUUGGGCUGUUAAUGACGUUGUCAUUGGGCUAGUAAUGACAUGAGCUGUUGCAUUUUUCUUUUUAUUAAUGCAGUAUGUUCUUUUUAAUUCAAGUAUGGAUUUCUUGAGAAACUAUAGUAAUAUGGUUUUUAAGAAAUUAAUAUUUUACUUAAAUGUGAAUUGUGGUUUUGAGCUCUCUUAAUGCAGAGUCAUUUGUAUUUGUUAAGAGGAAGUAAACUGAGAUCACUUAUAUUUUCAAACUGAAUCUGAAGUUUUAUAAAGCUGUCAAGCUAUUGCUAGUUGAAGAAAGGGAAAUGGCUCCUUAUUUCACAAUCCUGUGAAGAGUUCUCUUUGCCUUUCCACCUCUAACAGGAGAGGGGAGCAAGUGAGGGGUUUUCCAUUUAGUCAUCCGAGGUAUCUGCAAUCACCUGGUUGCUGAAGUUCCAAUUAAUGUGAAAACCAAAGUAGAAUUCUUCUCUUUUCUUUUCUUUUUUUGCUUUGUAUCAAUUUGACUUAUACCAAAGUGUUAGAAAAUAUGAAAUGUAUUGCUUUGAGACUAUAAAGCCACCUCACAAAAAAGACUGCUCUGUAAUACUCAUCUUGUUUUACUAAAAAUUCAGAUUAUCUAAAUAUUUUCUUAAUAGUAAAUGGGAAUGCUGAUUUUCUUCUUUUGUUAUGUAGUAGCAACAUUUUACAUUGUUUACAUAGUUCUCAUGGAACAUGGCAUUUUUGAAAGCAACAUAUGAUACACAUUUUUUGUGUAUAUAUUCCAGUUAGUGUGAAUAAAGCAGUAACAUCAAUGUACUUUUUUAAGCAGUAAACUUAUGUAUUUCUCAUCUUCCUUAAAAGUAUUCCUGUGAAUUUGGUAUUCAGUACCUUUUCAUUCCUCUUACAUAGUUAAUAAACAACGUUAGCAUUUGCUCCCAAUAAUAGAAUUUGAAUAGUAAAAUUGUAUAACUGCAAUCGACCCCAGACAACAUAUCUUCCAACUACCUCAUUCUCUAACAGGACAGGACAAUAAAUGCCUUUCCCAGUUUCCUUAAUUCACCUUUGGCCUUCAUUUCUCUACACCAGGACUACUAUUUUCCACUUAAUUGUCACUCAGCUUCCCAAUACUGAUUAGAUAAAGAAAAAUAAGGGUUAUUUAUGUAUGUUUUAAUAAAAUCAAGUUUGAUUUUCAA